AUGGAAACAGGGUCUAAAACAGUUUGUUCGAGUGAUACAAUACAUCUCAGGGAGAAUAGAAGGGUACACUGGGCCUUGAACCUGGAAGAAGUUUUAUAUUUCACUCCAGAAACCGAAAGCAAGAAUGUCCAGUCACUGAUGAAGAAACUGAAGAUAAAAACCCGUAUUUUAAAGAAUAUCUCUUCUGCGUUUUGCGACCGCGACAUUGUACGUAAGCUACAUGGACGAAUUACCCGCAUUGUGGAAAGAAUUUCAACCGGACACUGCGACUAUGAGAUGAAUGCCGAAGACGCCACUACCUUUGACAAGUACUGGAAUGAUCUUUUCGAAUUUUACGGG